AUUUUCGCUGUUUCUGCUGCUGCUACUAUUGCCGUUGUUGCUGUUGCUGCUGGAGGUGUUUCGGUGCUGCUGUUCGUGGCCAGGCCACUGCCACUGACGGGCCUUGAACUGACGGAUUCUAGAUCAGACCCUUUUCACAGGUGUUGGAAUACGAAAUACAACGGAGUAGAACUAUUUAGCAGUGAUCAGCCUGUUAACUAUCAAAUCGAGACAUGAUAUUGAACCCACUUUCUGUUCGUCCGAACACUGACAUUGACAGUCCUCUGCAGAGUCCCGAAGAAAUAAUUGUGCACAACGAAGAUAGUGUAGGAUCCGAACACAGCGCUGACGUCUUUACAACUCAACCGGAAGUGACGUUAUCACCAGCUUCUUCAUCGUUGUCUUCCAUCCCUUCCCCAAACAGAGUGAUGUCCCCUGGUGAGCAUUACCCGUCACUCAGUUCUAAAUAUAAAGAAAUCAAAGUAGAUGAAUCUCAAUCUCGACGUUAUCGAACAGCUUUCACAAAAGAACAAAUAUCACGACUAGAAAAAGAAUUUAGUCGCGAGAACUAUUUAUCAAGACCUAAACGUUGUGAAUUAGCUGCUGACCUCCAGUUGCCGGAGAGCACUAUCAAGGUUUGGUUCCAGAAUCGUCGAAUGAAGGACAAACGUCAACGAAUGGCCGUAGCAUGGCCAUUCGGUGUUCCAGACCCAAACAUGUUUGCCCUAUUCGCGGCAACAAUGUCGUCUUAUUCUUAUGGUUUACCCGCUGCGCAUGCACAGCUGGCUUACCCAACUUUGGGCUUACCUCGUGUUCCAGCAACUCAAAUGACCCCCGUCAGUCCACUGCAACAUCGCCGUCCCGAACUGCUGCAUUCCCUCACAACACCCUUAUCACGUUCAUUGGCUUCACUGGAGGCAGCCACAACCCAAGCUGCUGCCAUCACCUCCCACCCGCAACCUCACCAUCCCACUGCAACCUUUCAUCCGGGACUUACAUGCGGUUUAAGCUUACAAUCCCACGCAUAUGCGUCUCACUUGCUCAACGCUCAAAAUUUAGGUCUUUGUCCCGGUUCGACCCCAGGUAAACCGUGUACAUGUCCACACCCUUACUCGGACAGAAUUCAUCAAGGUAUGUUGCAACAUCCGAACCUUGGUCUUCCAAGUGUCCUCAACACAGGGGGUUCGCACACAGUCGCAUCUAUCCAGAAUCAGAGUUGAUGAGAAAAAAUCCUAACAAAGUAGUUUCUUUGAAAUAUAAGAAGAAAAAAAUGUUAAAAAGAUUUUAAAACAAAACCACGAAACAUAACGGGUAUUAAAGAUUAAUUUCGAAGAUGGAAACUAUAAACUAUGCUGUGUUUGAGCAACUUAUCCAGUUUUUGUCUUCAUAACUCUUGAACGGAACGCUUCUUUUCCCAUCUUCCUCUUUUAAUCUUUUUUAUUUAUAUAUUUUGGUCUCUGUAAAAAAAAUGUUAUCAACUAAUGAAGUCGUUGCUUUUAUUCACUGCUGUUCUGCAGCUUUCUUUACGUCAGUCUAUGCAAUGACUGUCGAACAUUCCAGACGUCAAUAAAUUUAUUGAAGAAAAAC